AUGGUCAAAGUUACAGUCUGUGGUGCUGCUGGUGGUAUCGGUCAACCUCUCUCUUUACUCUUGAAGCAAUCUCCUUAUGUGUCUCAUUUAUCUCUUUAUGAUAUCGUCAACACUCCUGGUGUUGCUGCUGACCUUAGUCACAUCAACACAAAAUCCAAGGUGACCGGACACGUUGGUGCCGCUCAACUCGAAGAAGCCAUCAAGGAUGCUGAUGUCGUCGUCAUUCCUGCUGGCGUUCCUAGAAAGCCAGGUAUGACGCGUGAUGAUCUCUUCAAGAUCAACGCUGGUAUUGUUCGUGAUUUGGCUACUGCUGCUGCCAAGUUUGCUCCCAAGGCAUUCAUGUGCAUCAUCUCUAACCCUGUCAACUCUACCGUUCCUAUUGUUGCUGAAGUAUUCAAGCAACACAAUGUCUAUGAUCCUCGCAGAAUCUUUGGCGUCACUACUCUUGACAUCGUUCGUGCCUCUACCUUUGUCUCUGAAUUGAUUGGCACCGAUCCCGUUUCACUUCGUGUUCCCGUCGUAGGUGGUCAUAGUGGUGUCACUAUCCUACCUUUACUUUCACAAGUUCCCGGAACCGAAAAGUUGAGCAAGGAACAAAUCGAAAAGGUCACUUACCGUAUCCAAUUCGGUGGUGACGAAGUCGUCAAGGCCAAGGAUGGCGCUGGUUCAGCUACUCUUUCCAUGGCCUACGCUGGUGCUCGCUUUGCUUUGAACAUUAUCGAAGCUGCUGCCACCGGAAAGCAUGGUGUUGUCGAAUGCACCUACGUUGACCUCAAUGCUGACAAAGCAGGUGCUGAGCCCAUCAAGAGUUUAGCUGGUGAUCUCGAGUACUUCUCAGUUCCUGUCGAACUGGGCCCCAAUGGUGUCCAGAAGAUUUUACCUCUUGGUGAAAUCAAUGAGUACGAACGUGAAUUGUUCUCCAAGGCUGCUCCUGAAUUGAAGACAAACAUCGAAAAGGGCUCCAACUUUAUUGCUGAAGGAGGACCCAAGUUGUAA